CUUAGUUAAAAUCUAGGGUUUUGUUGUUUAAUCGCUAAAAUUUCCAAUCUCAAACUCCCUCUCAGAGUCGGCCAUGGCGAAGAACAGAAACAAAAAGAAGAAGAACGGCGCCGUUUCAAUGGACAUCACGGAGCCCACCGUCUCAGAUGUUCCUCAAGCAAUGGAUACUUCAGAGUCUGUAGUUCAAAAAUCAGCUUCUGGGUUUCCUAAUAGAAAGGUGAAGGGAAGACCAAUGAAGAGAUCAAAAAAUGUUCGAAAGAUGAAAGCAGUAGCAAAAGCUAUAUCAAAAAAUGAGCAGUCUGUUGAGAAAGUUUUGAAGAAUGAGAGCAAAACAGCAAGAACUCAAUCAGCAAAACUGCUGUACGACUGAAUAUGAGAAACUGGUAUUCACAACCAUAGUUUUUUUUUUUAGAUAUAUUUUUUUGGGUAUCACUAUGUUAAUGUUAGUAUAUUCCUCUGCUACGUUGAUUGUAAUUCAAUUAUUUUUCCGCUCA